AUGCCAGAGACGACUACCCUGUCGAAACGGAAUCCGGGUCCGCGACCCGCGGCCGUCACCAGGGUGGAGACCAAGCUGCCCCGAUGCGUGCAACGUAGAUUGCCGUGCGCCCCCGUGCCCGUAAGAUGCCAUCCGCGAUCAAGCCCGUACCGAUGCACCGAUCAUCGCGUACCACCCAAGAGACCCUACAGACUAGCGGUCGGGUUGUCAGUGACUAGGACCGGUCGCGGGACCCCGUCGACAAUACCCAAGAACUGCUCCGACCGAUGCCCGCCCGGCUUCCUGGCCAUUGGCACUCCCCGCUGUAAAAAAAGUCUGUCGAUGAUGGACCUGUCCCUCGCCGUCGUCGAUCCUGACGUCGGUGAUCUCAAAUCGGAGAGCGAGUCCUCUGCCAGUCGCCUCGAUGAAAUCGCCGACAGGACCAAGGACAUCUUGGCGAACGGCGGAAGUGGUAGAUCCUGGACGGACGCUACGCCGUCCUCGGAAUCCGAGCAGGGUGAAGCUACGGAGGAUCCGACGAUCAAGGCGGCGAACGUAGUGUGCCGCGUGCUGGUGCUGAACGCGUGGCGACGCAGACGCGCCGAGAUCGCGCAGCUCGAGCAACAGGUGGAACACCUGCACUUGCAGAUCGAGUUCCUGCGCCGAUUGCUGCUCGCCGAGAACGACCGGGUUGGCAGACUGAACGGCGAGUUGUAUCGCGAAAAGUCGCAGCUCGAGGAGAUGACGCGCGAGCGCGACGCCGUCAAAUCGGAAAAAGAGAAGUUGGAAACUGAGUUAAAGCGCGCCGAGGAAGUCUCUCAGGAGCGAUCAGUCACGGUGGGGAACUUGAGAAACGAGCUCUUGACCGCACAGGAUCAGCUAAAAGCGCUCGACAUGCAAAUGAUGAAGGAUCGAGAGAAACUUUUGAAAUUACGGGAAGAUAAAAAGAUUCUUCUGGAUAAAGUAUCAGCCAGCGAAGCACUAGCGACAGAACGUGGUGCUAGAGCGGAAAAAGCAGAAUCUGCCGUCGAGGACUUACAGUUGCGAUUAGUGGCACAGGUAUCUCUCACCGAGUCUACGCAGGAACAGCUUCAGCGUACUUCCAGGGAGUUGCAAACUGCGGUGACCGAGAGACAGAGACUGGAAAAACGCUUGAAAGCUAGCGAAAGUAAUGCGAAGACUUUGAGUUUACGCGUAUUUGCCCUGGAGAGUCAGUUGGCUGAUCGAGAAGUUGAACUUCGCCGUGUUGAAAUGGAAUAUCACUCGCAAAUGACGGAAUUAAGCGAGCUGAGAGAACAAUUGCUGCGACAAUCUCAAGAGAGUGGCUGGAGCAGUCGGAUAUUGCAGAUUGCUGGGAGCAUCAUGCGCGUGUCUAUUCUACGGACUUUCGCGUUUCUAUCCAGUGCUACUCUACCAUUGCCGCCGUAGAUAAAGAGUUUAAGCGUGAUCGCAUUUUUUCGAGACGUAAACCGGUUUUAAUCGGAGGAAACUGGAUCGGAGGUUCGCUUCUUGCAAAUGUUUUCGGUCGUGAAGAAGAGAGUGUUUUGUGAUCGAAAAUGGAAGAUAAGAGAGCAAGGCCGUCACAGGGCAGCCGAGAAAUUAACAAGCAUCAGCAUUUCAUACUACAUUUAAAAUACAUUUAAAAUACAAUUUUUUUAAGUCAAUAUUUAAUUUUUGAAAAGUAAAGAUUUUUAGAUAUACGCUUGUGAUACCGUGCAUGCAUAUAUUGAGGAUAAAAUAAGCAAUUUUAUUACGCCAUGUAGGUAUUUCGAUUUAUAGGAUAAAUUUUUCCCUUUCGUAAAUCACGAAAGCAAGGAGGAGGAU